GAUAUUUAAGUAAGAAUCAACACUAGCAAAGUAGUACGUGCUUGCACGUUGCGAUCGCAAGAUUACCCAGUGAUUCCAAAAUAUUGUCAGUUAUCCGCAAUGGCAUCUCACAUUUCCUUAACCCUUUUGUGCCUUAUGGGCAUUUAUACAAUCGUUACCGCUUACGCCGGGGAAUACAUUCCGAAAUCUUACUACAUUAUUGCAAAUGGUCAACGGUCCGACACCGUUUAUUUGCGCUCAAAGCGAUCAGUAUUGCAUCUUCUGCGUAAAAGACGCAGUUCCAACAUUCCAGGAGUACCGUCACCGGAACAAUUCUUCGCACAAGCACGAGAGUUCUUUAACCAAUUACCACACGGGGACAUUUACUUCCCAGAUGGAUUCAACCCAGCUGCAUUCCAAGCACGUAUAGCAGGAGGCAACGGAGGCAGUGGUUUUGGUUCCGGAAGUGGCUCUGGUGCAUAUUCUUUCUCCAGUGCAUCCGCGUCUGGUGGAGGAGGUACACAAGGUGGAACUGGGUAUUCCAGCGGACCUUCAUCCAACAACAACCAUCAUUAUUCCAAUGUCGGUUCUGAUAGCCCCAGGGUGUUUUCAAGAUUUGGGGAAGAAGCCGGAAAUAAUAUCCAUGUGUCUGGAAGUGCUUCCGGGCCGCACGGAGCUUAUAGUUCAAGUUCUGCGACGGCAGAUGGAAGUGGUAAAGUCAGGUAUUCCGUUCAAUCUGGAAAGUAUUGAUGCAAUUAUUUUAAUCACCUUCUUAUGUAUGAAUAAAUAAAUAUCUAUAUUUGCUUUGAUGA